CUUCUUCUGCUGAUGGGGAACCUGAAGAAGAUCCUGCUAAGGCACCAACCAGGAGGCUAGGUGUAUACAGAAAACAACGAGGCAGUAAAAAGAAGUCAGAAAAGAACAGAUGCUCAACAUCAGAGACAGUCAGUGACAGCGAUGAGAGGACA